GCAUGAUUCAGAUCGUUAAAUCCAAGUAAAAACCUGUUGGAGAAACGAUUGUUAGAUAGGUGGCGCACUGGUUAGAGUUAAUGGUUUUGUUCAGUCCCACCACAACAUCAUUUUAUAUAUUACAGACUGUGUUUAGGUGUUCGAUUCCCGAUUGCAUUUUAUUUGAUUACAGACUGUGUUUAGGUGUUCGAUUCCCGAUUGCAUUUUAUUUGAUUUCACUAAUUAAACAUUUACUCAUCCAGGUUGAACACAUUCAGAUCAAACAUCUCUCCUCGGUGGCCAGGUUGAGAGCACAGCAUGGGGUGAAACUCAACCCACAAUCAGACACACACAACACCCAUCAUUCCGCGAUCAAAGUCCAAAAAAGGGCACCGUGCAGGGCUUCCUGGUUCUCCGUGGGCUGGGCGUUGCCAGUGGACUUGCGCUGGGCUACAGGAGGUUGAGCAGAGCAGCUCCAGCGUGUCUGCUGCCUUGCCAACCACCGCGGUAAUGAUAUCACCCUGUCGCAUCGUCUUUCAGAUCUGAAUGCGUUGGCGGAACUGCGGCGAUCUCACUUUGGAAAUGACGGUAAGUUUCCGGUGGCGCCUGGUGAAGUUCCUCACCGCCUCCACGGCGCUUUUCCUUCUGGUCCAGCUCCUGCUGAGUGGUUUCGCCGCCCUCACGCUCGACGAACCGCGGCGGCAGAGUCCUCUCCCUACAGGGACGUCCCGGCUCCUCUCCCCGUCCACUUACAGCUAUGUGCUCAACCAGCCUGACCUCUGCAGAGACCAGCGCCCCCUGUUGCUGGCCCUGGUUCCUGUUGCCCCGGGAGACCGGAUGUCCAGGGACGUCGUGAGGAGGACUUGGGGCGCGAAGCAGCAGGAGGGCUCGGCUCGGGACCCCCUGCUGCUGACCGUCUUCUACGUGGGCGUCUCUUCGGAACCGGGCGUCCAGGACGCACUGGUGGCGGAGAGCGGGGACCACGGCGACAUCAUCCAGAUGGACUUCGUGGACAGCUACCAGAACCUGACCAUCAAGACGCUGAUGAUCAUGAACUGGGUGGCCACCUUCUGCCCCAACGCGUCCCACGCCAUGAAGGUGGACGCGGAUAUCUUCGUCAACGUGUACCUCCUGGUGGAGGUGCUGCGUGGGUACCCCACGAAGGGCUUCAUCACCGGCUCGGUCAUCCGGGACGGGAGGCCCCGCCGGGACCCCGGGAGCAGGUGGUACGUCUCGGAGGAGGCGUACCCCGAUUCCUACUUCCCCCCCUACGUGUCCGGGGCCGGGUACGUUUUCUCUACCGACGUGGCCCGGAAGGUCUCCCUCGCGUCCCGGUCCGUCCCCAUGGUCCCGCUGGAGGAUGUGUACGUGGGGCUGUGUCUGCGCGCGGCCGGGGUCAGCCCCGUGUACGCGCAGAGCUUCCACGCGCUCAGGAACCUGUUCGAGGUGAGACACCUGGCGUACGACCGGUGCGCGUUCGCCGCGCGCGUCAUCGUCAACGGGUUCAAACCCGCGGAGCUUCUGAGCAUCUGGGAGGACUUCUCCGUGAACCGUCUCACCUGCUGACCAGUUCUCCGUCUGUCUGAAUGUUUAUCUCUCCGUCUGUCUGUCCGUCCGUCUGUCUGUCUAUCUCUCCGACCAUCUGUCUGUAUUUCUGUCUGACUCUAUGAACUGUAGCCCUAUAUGCACUAAAUAUCCCAGGCCUAUUGCGUGCCUCGCAAAAACUUUUUACUCAAGGCAUUCAUUCAACAAGCUCUCAUAAACAAUACCAAACUCUCUCUAAAGCGUCUCACGUUUUUGAGGGUAAAAUUGGAGAUCGAAAUAAGAAUGUUUGAUACGCGUGUAGUGACACAGAACGCUCACCAGAAGGCGCCCUCUGAUCUGAGAGCAGACAGAGAGCGUUUGGCCGCACUGUGCGAUCGAUGAAUGGACUUCGCUGAGAUGAAUUACCUCUGACGUCACUAGAAUAAUGGACUCCGUUGAUGUCUUACCUCUGACGUCCCUCAAUUAAUGGACUUGGUUGAGAUGUAUUACCUAAGAUGUCACUAAACGCACCAAAGAACAGAACCGUACUAACCUCUUUAACCUGCUGUCUCACUGCACUCUGUCCAGCUGAACCUCUUUAACCUGUCUCACUGCACUCUGUCCAGCUGAACCUCUUUAACCUGUCUCACUGCACUGUGUCCAGCUGAACGUCUUUAACCAGCUGUCUCACUGCACUGUGUCCAGCUGAACCUCUUUAACCUGUCUCACUGCACUGUGUCCAGCUGAACCUCUUUAACCUGUCUCACUGCACUGUGUCCAGCUGAACGCCUUUAACCAGCUGUCUCACUGCACUCUGUCCAGCUGCACCCCUUUAACCUGUCUUACUGCACUGUGUCCAGCUGAACGUCUUUAACCAGCUGUCUCACUGCACUCUGUUCAUCUGAACCUCUGUGACCUGUCUCACUGCACUCUGUUCAUCUGAACCUCUGUGACCUGUCUCACUGCACUCUGUUCAGCUGAACCUCUUUAACCUGUCUCACUGCACUCUGUCCAGCUGAACCUCUUUAACCAGCUGUCUCACUGCACUCUGUCCAGCUGCACCCCUUUAACCUGUCUUACUGCACUGUGUCCAGCUGAACGUCUUUAACCAGCUGUCUCACUGCACUCUGUUCAUCUGAACCUCUGUGACCUGUCUCACUGCACUCUGUUCAUCUGAACCUCUGUGACCUGUCUCACUGCACUCUGUUCAGCUGAACCUCUUUAACCUGUCUCACUGCACUCUGUCCAGCUGAACCUCUUUAACCUGUCUCACUGCACUCUGCCCAGCUGAACCUCUUUAACCAGCUGUCUCACUGCACUCUGUCCAGCUGAACCUCUUUAACCUGUCUCACUGCACUCUGCCCAGCUGAACCUCUUUAACCAGCUGUCUCACUGCACUCUGUUCAGCUGAACCUCUUUGACCUGUCUCACUGCACUGUGUCCAGCUGAACCUCUUUAACCUGUCUCACUGCACUGUGUCCAGCUGAACCUCUUUAACCUGUCUCACUGCACUCUGUCCAGCUGAACCUCUUUAACCUGUCUCACUGCACUCUGUCCAGCUGAACCUCUUUAACCUGUCUCACUGCACUGUGUCCAGCUGAACGUCUUUAACCAGCUGUCUCACUGCACUGUUUCCAGCUGAACCUCUUUGACCUGUCUCACUGAACUGGGUCCAGCUGAACCUCUUUAACCUGCUGUCUCACUGCACUCUGUUCAUCUGAACCUCUUUGACCUGUCUCACUGCACUCUGUUCAUCUGAACCUCUUUGACCUGUCUCACUGCACUCUGUUCAGCUGAACCUCUUUGACCUGUCUCACUGCACUCUGUCCAGCUGAACCUCUUUAACCUGUCUCACUGCACUCUGUCCAGCUGAACCUCUUUAACCUGUCUCACUGCACUCUGCCCAGCUGUGCUGCUUUUAGGAGCUAUUUGUGCAGCACUUUUGAAGCAAUCCAAAAGUAUUUGUAUCGCUUACUGUGAGGGAAAUGCCUAUCGCGAUGCCUUAACGUGGAUCAAAUAUAAAGCUUUAUAAACUGUUUUCAGACAUAAAUCGUGUACUUGCUCACUGUUAUGACCUCUGGUCAUAGUUGAAAGUUAUGUGUGUUUCUGUUUAUGUGCACACAUAAAAGACUACCAUGGAAGGAAACGUGCACCCAGGGAGAUGUGUUCCCAUUUCGUUCAAGCUAGCCUGUUGUGUUUGAGUUGAUUGGAUGAUGAGUUAAUUGCUGCGUGUAAUGAGUGGGUGGAGUGGAGUCCCUACUGAAGGGCUUGCCAGGUGGCAGGUAGCUUUAAAAGGAGAGGUCCCCACCUUGGUGACCUCACCUGCCACUCAGCCACUCGUGUGGUUCAUGUGAGUUUUUGUCCGCACACGUUUUGUUCAAUUAAAUGUCAAAUGAAUGCGGUGUCUCCUGCUUUCGAACCCUGUUCUGAUGGCUGUGCUCGUCAGAGUCUGAGCAGGGAGUGGACAGCUUCACUGUGACAGGCAGGUUCCACUAGGCCGGCCCUGACGGUCAUAAACAUGGAUCGACACCAUUGUCCAUAGAUUUAAUGCACACAUGUUCGUAGCCAGCUGUGAGGUCACCGAGGUACAGAAAUCUGUCAUUUUUGCAGCGAGAGAACGUCAACGCAACUGCAAACAAAAUCAGCGGUGGUUAACUUUUCCGAGACGGGUAAAUGCUUAAUUCAGUUGUAGAAAACUGAACCCCUGCAGCUGAAGUCGCAGUCCCACCCAAACCCUGGCUACGGCCCUGAUCACACAACAUUUAAUGUGGAAUGAGAUUCAUCGAGGCUGAAGAGGAAUUACAGAUAAUACCCGAGAGACUGUCAAUAAUGCGUGGUUGAUCCUGAGUGUGUGGAUGAGGAUGGAAGGAGAUGUGAUGUUGAGGCACACCAGCGUGCCUCUGCAGAUCUCCUGAUGAACACCACAGAGCUGUCACCACGCAGCCAGCAGCCUUUUGUUCCCCCUCACACUAACACUUCACGUUCACACACAAGGUGUUUUAGGACUGCAUGUCGUUUCAUUGACUGUGGAAGAAGUUCCUUCAUAAUCAAGGGGCAAGUAACCAAGUCCUUUGGGUUUUCCUCCAAAAAGACAGCAAAUCAAUGUAUGGGAACAAUGUUGGGAACUCACCAUUGUCAUUCCUGACGUUUUUUUUUUUCUUUUAAAUUUCAAUAAUUGUCUUUUCUGUGUCUUCUAAAGCCCUACACCAUUAUGUAAAGCGCUAUGCAAAGCAGUGUGCCUGUCCUUCGUGUCUGAAGGGUGUUAAACCUGCCUUGCCCAUUCUUUUCCCAUCAUCAUCAUCAUCAUCAUCAUCAUCAUCAUCAUCAUCAUCAUCCUGAGUGGGAGUGCGUUGGUUCUCUGAGUAACAACCUGUCUAAACCACGCACAACACAGUCCAGUCCAUCCUGUUUAUCGCUCGGUACUCCAACCGCACGGUCCUUCCCUCAAACCAGGGCCGAUUGGGGAAUUGUAUUGUUGCGAAGUAACACAUAAAACAGGAGAUUUCCAUCUUGAAGCCUGAUUCUUUAUACCAGUCAGAUGACAUCUGACAGCAGAUAGUGAGGCAGUGGGUGCUAUCUGCACCGAGGGCUGAAUAACACUGGUUUCUAAGACAACCCACCAGCCUCCAGGCAUCUCACCGAACACUUGUUUUCUCUCCCGUCCGUCGCGCGGUGGGCAGCAGUUGAGAUCCCAGGGUCCGGACGUACAGUAGGCGUCUGCUGAGGCGCUGAGAUCCCAGGGUCGGAACGUACAGUAGGCGUCUGCUGAGGCGCUGAGAUCCCAGGGUCCGAACGUGCAGUAGGCCUAGGCGUCGGUUGAGUCGCCUGGAUCCCAGGGUCCGAACGUACACUGGGCGUGGCCUAUUGGGCGUUAUUUAUUUAUUUUGCAUUAUUUACACCUUUAUUUGUUACCAGUUGCAAGUUGAGAAUGACUGCAUUCAAAGCAUUGCUUGGACAUUACCUGUUAGUCAUCUAAUGCGUGAUUCACAAGUAAACUCGAAACACACCCAUCGCUCCGUUAUCAACCCACCACGUAUUGGCUGUUGACGAGAGAGGGAGGUCCCGCCCACGGUGCUUCGGGAUCAGUGAUUGGCUGGUGACGAUAGAGGGUGGUU